AUGACAGAGCCAGCAGGACAGAGCACGUCUACUACAGGUGGCUCUGUGGUCAAACCCUCACCGAUUCAUGAACGAUUUCUAUUCGACUGCGAUCAUAUGAUCAGUUUCUGUACAUCGUUCGAAAAGAGUGAUAUAACUGAUCAAACAGACACCCUUCUUGAAAUCAAGCUUGAGGAUUUGGAAUGUAGAUGGAAAAGACUGCAAGUAGACUAUGAGAAUCUCAUGUUGUCCCCCGAAUCGUUUAACACAAAAGACUUCAAGCAGAACGCAAAGAUUAACUUCAAUGUCUGCUCGGAGGCUUACUAUGAAACACGAUCGCAAAUUACGGAUGUUCUAAGGAUAUCCGGUAGAACAGGUACUAGGAGCAUGACGAGACAAAGUCUCGAUCCUCGAACCCCAGUCAGCCCUCAAUUUCCAGACAACCCUGACAUUUAUAUAAAGGUCCCCCCAUGUGACACCGAAGUUUUCAAAGGUGGUUACGAAGAAUGGCCUUCUUUUCGUGACAUGUUCACGGCUGUUUACGUAAAUCACCCAAAACUUACCCCCGCACAGAAGCUUUAUCAUUUACGUAACAAGACUAGAGGCAAUGCAGGCGCAAUUGUAAAAAGGUAUCCACUGUGCGAUGAGAAUUUCAACCUUGCCUGGACGGCUCUUAAAACACGAUAUGAGAACAAGCGGGUCCUUGUCGACAAUCAGUUGAAAAUUUUGUUUAACAUCCCUGUUGCUGAUGUAGAGGAUAGUGAAUCUCUACAGAAAAUUCACUCCACUGUAAAUGAUUGCCUUUGUACAUUGAAUUCUUUAGAAGUUAAAGUUGAUAGUUGGGAUCCAAUACUGAUUUAUUUGAUUUCAACCAAACUCCCUGAGGUGACCAUAUCUCAGUGGGAACAGUCAUUGAGAUCCCACCGUGAACUUCCCACAUGGACACAGAUGGAUACAUUUUUGGUGAACAGAUUCGAGGUAGUGGAAAGAAUUUCGAGUUUCAAAUCCACGAAAGAGAGGCAAAGCCUUCCAGAGCAUUCAACGUCCCGGAGUUCCAUAAAGAUACAGACAUAUGCAUCCCAGGAGAGUCUUACACCCUGUCUGUUGUGCGAAGAAUGUCAUAGUAUUCGAAUUUGCCCUGAAUUCCGUAAAUUCUCUAUCCAGGAGCGAAUUGAUUUCAUCUUUAGGAAUAAAUACUGCAAUAAUUGCCUCUCCAUUGGACACACUAAAAACAAAUGUAAAAGUAAGAGCUCAUGUCUGUCGUGCAGAAAACGGCAUCAUACUUUGUUGCACUUAGAGGAUAGGACGACGAUGAACUCUGGGCCUGCGAAUGGCAAAACUCUUUUGUCUUCUUCCAACACAAUUGAGAAAUUUGAUACAAAGGAUGCAACGACAUCGAGUGAGACACCGAAACAGACUCAGGCGAAUGUCACCUUUAAUAAUGAAACCAUUUUGUUAAGAACGGCUUUAGUUCAGAUAAAAUACAACGGCGAACUUUUUACGAUUAGGGCAUUAAUCGACCCUGGGUCACAAAGAUCCUUCCUAUCUGAGAAAAUCAGAAACUUAUUACAAAUCCCUUAUCGAAGAUCCUUUUUUGAAGUUGGGGGAAUAGGAGCGGCGGUACAAAAGGCCGACAAGGAAUGUGACCUCGUACUAUACUCACGAAAGCACGAUUUUCAUUGCUCAGUUAAUGCAAUAAUUUUACCCAAGUUAACUAACAAGUUGCCAUCCGUCUCUUUCAAAAAGCCUGACUCUCCCGAACUCAGAAAACUUGAUUUGGCAGAUCCAAAUUUUAACAAGGGCUCAAAUAUCGAUUUAAUAUUAGGUAAUGACUCUGAACGUCAUAUUAAUCUCGAUGGCAUUGUCAGAAAUAUAUGUGGGGUGGCAUCUGCAUAUAACACAAUUUUCGGCUGGGUUCUCAGUGGUCCAGUGCCAACAGAGACCAGUCACUCAUUCACUACAAAUGUUGUACCUUCCGAAGGGGCGGUUCUUAGCGACUUACUUCGGAAAUUUUGGGAAAUUGAAGAGAUUCCUUCAACUCCACAAAUUCCAGAAUCCCAUAGAUAUUGUGAAGAGCUGUAUGCUACCACAACAACCCGUGACUCAGAUGGGCGCUAUGUGGUACGUCUCCCUUUCAAACGAGACUUUCCCCAAAAUGUUUACCUAGGCCCAUCUAGGUUUCUCGCUCUGGGACAAUAUGCCAGAUUGGAGAAGUCGCUGUCCCGUGAUUCAGAGCUUCAUGACGAGUAUAUCUCAGUUCUGAAUGAGUAUAUUACAUUAGGCCAUAUGGAGGAGAUAUCGCCACAAGAAAUUUGCUCCCAAGGUAAAUUUUAUUCAUUUUACCUCCCACAUCAUGCGGUAGUCCGCCCCGAGCAUAAAUCAACUAAAGUUAGAGUUGUUUUUAAUGCUUCCCGUAAGACGAACUCAGGGUGCUCUCUAAAUGACGUAUUAUACACAGGUCCAACACUUCAAGCGGAUUUGGUAUCUACUAUUCUCAAUUGGAGAAAAUUUAAAUAUGUUUAUAAUGGAGACAUUCAGAAAAUGUACCGUCAAAUUAAGGUACAUCCCGAGGAUAGACCCUACCAACGGAUUUUAUUCCAAAGAGAUUCAAAGAGCCCCAUUAAAGAUUAUCAAUUAAGCACAGUUACUUUUGGGAUAAAUUGUGCCCCAUUUUUGGCUAUAAGAACAUUACUUCAACUCGCUUCGGAUACGGAAGAAGAGUUCCCUCAAAUUUCCAAAAUUUUACGUAAAGAAACUUAUGUCGAUGACAUUCUGUCUGGUGGAUUUACCAUUGAAGAAACACUCGACUCCCAAGCAAAACUCAUGGCAGUACUCAAUACUGCAGGGUUUCCCUUGAAGAAAAUCACUGCCAAUGACACACGCUUACUCGCUCACAUACGUAAGGAAGAUUUAUAUGAUCUAAACUUCUUAAGCUUAUCCGAAACCAGUUCUACCAAGACAUUAGGAAUGAAAUGGAACGCAUUAAGCGAUCAAUUUUCCUACACUGCAAUUCCUAUGCAAGAGCAGGCGAAAGUAACGAAACGUCAAGUGUUGUCGAAAGUUGCACAGUUGUUUGACCCAGCGGGUUGGAUAACUCCCAUUAUUAUCAGAGCAAAAAUUCUCAUGCAACAGCUUUGGCUGGAGGACAUAAGUUGGGAUGAGGAAAUUAGCUCUGAAUCUCUCUAUAUAUGGAGAAAUUUGUUAAACGAUAUCUCACACAUUGAACAGAUAGCAAUCCCAAGGUGGAUUAAGCACAUGCCCACGGAUAAGGUGGAGUUACAUGGAUUUUGUGACGCCUCAAAAGCGGCAUAUUGCGCAUGUGUCUAUGUUCGAUCCCAGACUACCACAUCAUCAGUAUUUUGCAAUUUACUUGCUGCAAAAAGCAAAGUUGCUCCCAUAAAGACGAUAUCUCUUCCCAAAUUAGAGCUCAACGGUGCCUUACUUUUGGCGAAACUAAUUAAAUAUACUACAAGUGUUCUCGAUUUCGAUAUUUCUACUAUCAUACUCUGGACAGAUGCGUCAAUUGUACUUGGAUGGUUAUCCAAACCACCAAUGACGUGGGAAACGUAUGUCGCAAAUCGCACCUCUCAAAUACUCGAUUUGGUUCCGAAUGCGAAAUUUAGGUACGUACCUACCCAUGAUAAUCCCGCUGAUCUUGGCACUCGCGGCUGCAAACCUCAAGAUCUCCAGUGUAAUCCCUUAUGGUGGAAUGGCCCCCCUUGGUUGACAAGACCUGAAUCAGGUUGGCCGAAGAAAAUCUCGUUAACAGUACCCAAACCGAGAAUUGUUUCAGAAGUGUUUCAUGCCGAGACAAAAGUAAAUGACGUUUUACAACGUUUUUCUUCGUAUACACGAGCACUAAGGGUUCUUUCAUAUGUAUAUCGUUUCUAUUAUAAUUCUCGUUCCCAAUUUCGGACCUCUCAUAGAUUUGAAGGUAUUAAUUUGAACCAAAAAGAGUUACAAUUCAUUAAAACGCGUUUGAUUUUACUCUCGCAACAACGCUAUUAUGAGGAUGAAUAUAAAGCAUUAUUAGAUUCAAAGCCCAUUCCAAAGAAUAGUAGUUUGUCUACUUUCAAUCCAUUUUUAGACUGCGAUCAGAUUUUGCGUAUUAAUGGGAGGCUAUCUAACUCAAUGCUUCCAUACAAGGAACGUUACCCAAUUAUAAUCCCUGAAGGUGUUCUGAAUUCUCGACCUAUUUCACCGCUGUCAGAAGAUCCUUCAGAGUUAAAAGCACUCACACCUGGUCAUUUUUUAAAAGGUAGCCCUAUUAUGUCCCUUCCGGAGCCAUUAUCACCUAGCAUUUCAGUCAUAAACCGAUGGAUAAAAUUAAAAGCUUUGCAUCAUCAGUUUGCACAACGCUGGAAAGAAGACUACCUAAAGGCUUUGCAUAAAAGAUAUAAAUGGAAAUACACUGCCCCGGAUUUGAAAGUUGAUGACUUUGUUAUAGUUAUCGACGAUUUGCUUCCCCCAAGUGAGUGGCGCAUGGGUAGAAUUGAGAAAACGUAUCCAGGUACAGAUGGAAAGAUUCGUAUAGUGGAUGUACGUACAUCCACGGGAGUUAUAAAUCGACCCAUUGCAAAGUUGUGCUAUCUACCGUCGCCAUCCAUGAAUGGGCGUCGUCAGCCAAACAUAUACAAAUGCAAGUUAUGUGAUCGUUUUCAUGCUUUGAAGGUUUGUCCACGAUUCUUAGAUAUGACUCCAAGGCAACGUAACAUUGUCGUAUUAAAAGAGAUGUACUGUGUCAACUGCCUUGCGAGAAGCCAUCGUUUCCGAGACUGUCGGUCCGCAAACAUGUGUCAACGCUGCCAAAGACCACAUCACACACUCCUGCAUUCGAUGUACCCGGAAAUAAUGUCACGACAAAGCGAGCAAAAUGUCAACCAAACUAAUAGCAGAACGGCCAACAGACCAACCAAAACCCAAACCAAAUGGGUUAAAAACCAACGUUCCAAUCACACGCCAGGAUCAAACCAACAAAUUCUAUCCGAGGCAAUUCGUGCUUUAGCCUCCGUCUUAUGUUCAUCUUCCGGCCCGGCGGCAUGUCUAAAGUAA